AUGGCUGCUCCCCGCGUCUUCAUCGUCCGCCAUGGAGAGACUGAAUGGUCACUCAACGGCCGACAUACAGGCAGCAGCGACAUUCCCCUGACGGCCAAUGGAGAGAAGCGAAUCAUUGCUACAGGCAGAGCUCUUGUGGGCGAUGACCGUUUGAUUGUCCCUCGACAGCUGUCGCAUAUUCUGAAGAACGUUUCUGUCGACCAAUGGAUCGUCUAUUUGUUGUUCUCGACUGGCUACUACACCAAACUUCUCUUUUCCUUUACUUCUUUUGGGUUUCCUCUCGGCAAGGCACAUAAGCUCGUGUCUCGUCUUCAUCCCGAACACCGUCUAGUCGAAAACCACAGUUGGCGCGGUAUCCUUUACUUCGCCUACGUCUCUCCCCGGAAACGAGCCCAACGGACAUUUGAGUUGCUCAAUAUUGGAGUAUCUGGGCCAUUACCCUGGCAACUACACGGCGGCUCUGCUGGCGGUGGCCUUAAAUGUGGCGCCACAGUCGAAGUUACCGAGGACAUUCGAGAGUGGGACUACGGCGACUACGAAGGCAUCACAAGCCCGGAGAUUCGCAGAAUGAGAGCCGAGCAAGGCAUUGAGGGAACUUGGGACAUUUGGAGAGAUGGCUGUCCAGGAGGAGAGAGCCCCCAAGAUGUCACUGAUCGUCUAGACCGUCUCAUUGCCGAUAUCCGUAAAAAAUAUCAUGAGCCUGCACUCAACUCGUCCGACGGCCAGCUCCCGCAUAAGAAAUCCGGCGACGUUCUCAUCGUUGCACAUGGACACAUUUUACGAGCCUUUUCGAUGCGCUGGGCUGGCAAGACCCUACAGGAUGGCCCAGCAUUCUUACUCGAAGCUGGUGGAGUGGGCACUCUGAGUUACGAGCAUCACAACAUUGACGAGCCAGCCAUCCUUCUUGGCGGAGCCUUUGUUGUCGACAUCUUAGAAAAGGAGGCCCAGGCUUGA